AUGUGCAUCACCUUCAUCCUCUUAGGCGUCGUGUCUUCAAUCGGAAACACUUUCUUCAUCGAGCAAGCAGUCGGCAUGAACCACUAUGUUGGGAGCUUGUGGGUUCCAAUCCUUAUCCUUCCAGGGAUCCAAGGGUCCGUGAGGAAAAACUGGGGGGUGGCAGGAGAAUGCUGUGCUAAAGUUCCCAAGUUUGGGAUCGCGAUGUCAAUGGUGUUUGCAACUCUCUGUUGCAUCACGGCUGCGAAAGUGGAGACCCGAAGACUAGGUGUGGUUGAGACAGAGGGUUUUAGCGACGAUGCCAUGUCGAUAAUUCCUAUGACCAUGUUCUGGUUGCUUCCUCAAUAUAUUCUACUUGGGUUGUCGGAAGCGUUUUCGGAGAAGUGCAUUGCGGGUUUUUUCAGCGACGAGCGGCUGCCUGGAGCCAAUGAGGGUGAUGAGGCAGCAAAAGGGGCGAAGAAGAAAUACAUCGAAAGCUUUGCUCAGGCUGUUAAUGGGGUGGGGAUUAUAUUGGGUGUGUUGAUAGUUUAUAUAGUGGGUGAGAUUCAACCCACUUGGUUCCAAUCCACGGUGAACAAGAGCCGUUUGGAUAAUUACUUCUGGACCUUGGCUGCAUUGUUUGCAGCUACUCUUGUAUUGUUUGGUUUGUUCAGCUGUUGUCUGUCUGUUUAUGAGUUUAAACGUCGGUCGACAGAGGAUGUGGAAGGCAAUGUCACUCCAGCAACAACAACAACAACGACAUAG